AGUGGCGAAGGCCGCCUCUGUGCAAGUUGUCCGCUCGGGAGUACUCACGUGUACUUCUAAAUAACGUGCAUGGCGUAUCGGUGGAAGCGCACAGGCGUUAAUAUGGCGUACACGGAUGAUCUGCUGGAGAAGACCCUCGAAGAGCUCGAGAGAUUGUCGACGGCCCCCUCGCCGAGAGCUCUCUUCGAAGAUGAAGUUUACGCCAACAAAAACGUCAACGCACCCCGCCCAGUCAUGUACAAACCAAUGCCGCCGAUACCGAAAGAGGACCACAUGUCCUUAUAUUCGAAUGGGAGAAUCUCCAGGCCUUCAGCAGAUAGUCGAGCGUCAAAUCCACCUCCUCCACCCGCGCCCUCGUCCGUCAAAGAUUACGAAGUACAGAGCGAUACUGGAAGUAUCUACGAGCCCCUCAGGCCUCGCGCUCCUAGUCAGCUCAGUGGAUAUUCGGGAUGUAGCAGCGCGUAUUCGGGAUCAUCGUAUUCGAACAACUCUAGCUUCAGAGGGUCUUCGUCUUUCAGCGAUUACUAUGAAGAAGAGUUGGGCGGUCCGGAAGAGAGUUUCCCCAUUGGCUCUUGUGUGGUGUGCCAUGAAGACGUCAUGAAUGAUGGGUCCGGAUGCAGCGCAAUGGAUAAAGUUUAUCACAUCGCUUGUUUCAAGUGUCAUGUCUGUAAGGUAGAUCUUCAGGGAAGGCCGUUCUUCGCGGUCCACGGGGAGCCGUACUGCGAAGAGGAUUAUUUGGACACACUGGAGAAGUGCAGCAAAUGCCAAAAACCAAUUUUGGAUCGUAUCCUUCGAGCAACAGGCAAACCCUAUCAUCCGGCGUGCUUCACAUGUUCCGCAUGUGGGAAUGCUCUGGACGGUAUUCCUUUCACGGUCGAUGCAGCGAACAACAUAUACUGUAUACCAGACUUCCACAAAAAGUUCGCUCCCAGAUGCUGCGUGUGCAAGGAGCCGAUUAUGCCUCAGGGAAAAGGAGAAACUGUGCGGAUCGUGGCUCUGGACAGAUCGUUCCACGUGAACUGCUACAAAUGCGAGGACUGUGGACUCGUCCUCGGCAAAGAGAACGGUUGCUAUCCUCUGGAUGAGCACAUACUGUGCAGAGAUUGCAACGCUCGACGUGUUCAACGUCUCACUCAAAACCCCGGCGGACUAGUCACCGAGUUGUGAGUUGAGCGCGCACAGAUAUUUAAACGAAGCUCUAAGCGGGUCUUCAUGAUCACAUCUAAGCGUAUCUUCGGAGUCCCCCUCUGUGCGACGGAUCGCGUCGACGGAUAAGUGGAUCAUCUGGAGCUUACCAUAACACGAAGCCGUAAACAAUACCUGUCGAGGUUCUCCUGCUGAGAGGGUAGAACUUUUGUAAUCUCCCUCGGCGAGGCCAGGCUCCGAUUCGCGCCGAGUCUUUCUCUACCUAAAUAUUUAUCCGGCUCUACUCUCCGAACUGAGGUUCUCUAGAGAGAGAGCGCCGUAUGAACAUCCACCGAUCAACGACACAGCUAGUCAUUCACGUGCAUUAAAAUGUGGAGUGCUCCGUAAUAUUUCUAACCAUGGAGAAACAUGAUAUCUUGUGGAAAUAAAGGCUGUAGGGAAUUGAU